GACCUUCAAGGCGGUUUGAUUCAAGAAUUCUUGUCCGACAUAUUGAUUUUCGAGCUGUUGUUCGGAAACAUUUUCCUGAUUUUCCAUGGUGAAGAACAUCUUUUUGCAGUGACCAUGAAGCCAGCGUAAGUACGAAUCACAUUUUGUGGAUUGAUAUUGAUAUUCAAAAGUAAACUGACUUGCAUCUUUCGUUUAGUCCGAAAACCCCUUCUUCGACGAAGACCCCGCGCGGUGGCAAGACACCUAGAAGACCGGCGGUCAACAAGUUGAAGGAUCCCGUGGAGGUAUGGAAGAAGAUAUCGUUAUUUUUCAUAGGUCACAGGUUUCAAUUUUAUAGAGUCGGUUUCAGUAGAUGAGUUAUCAAGCGGCUUAUAGCUUAACUAGCUAGGUGGUCUUACAGAGUGUUGAUUUUAAUUUAUUUUGUGGUACAACCUUACACUGCAUUUUUAAGUUUAUACAUGAUGUAUGUAGAUGGAUAUAAGCCUAAGCCUUUAAUUAUGUUUUCGACACGAAAAGGCACCCUGAAAUACUAUUAGUAUAUUACAACUAAGGCAAAUAAAUCGGAACAGACUGGCUUUCCAGUUUAGCAGUAUUUUGAUCCCUGAAACGAUCCCAGAAUCAAAAUAUCGGGUUUCUGUUUUGUUCUACUAAAAUUCGUCAGGAACGUUGCUCUGUUUCCAGCCCGGCAUUUAUAGGUAAUACACAGCAACUUUAUCACACCAAAAAGGGAUGAGUAAUGUAAAUGAUGACCAUAUGUCAUCUUAUGAGGAGAUGAUUUGGAAGUCGUAUUUGGCCUGGUAUGUGUUUGUAAAUUUCUCAUGGCCUCUUCACUGCAUGCAUUUUUGUGAAUGAUAAAACAAUGCUGAUUUUGGACGUUAUAGGUUUAUUGCCGAAUUCGACCUCUUGGAGACAAUGAAGAAGAGUCUUGUGUACAAAUCAUUAGUGACACGAUAUUACAACUCACUGCACCAAAGGUAUUUUUUUGUUUAAUUAUUUUAAAAGAGUAUUUCGCUGGUUAAAGGUUGAUUUUCAUUAGCAAAGGAGUCAGAGUCGUAAUCAGAAGCAUAUAACUUUAUGAUCUAGUGAAAACAGAAUUCUGUUUCGUCUGAUUCCGCUCACAACUCUGUCAUUUACGUUCAAGUGAAAACUGGGUCGUCGGAGUCACAAGCAGAAGCAGAAGAAGUAAACAAAUCACAAACCAUAGGAAUGUGUCUUGUGAUUGGUUUAUCCUUCUGCUUCUGCUUUAGACUCCGACAAUGUGGUUUUCACUAGAUCGUAAGCGGAACAUUAGAGAAGGAAUUGGAAGCGGAGUCGGAAGAAAAUGGAAAUGUUCUGAUUCUUCUGACUCCAAUUCAUCGCGCUUGUGACUCUGCUUGGAACUGUGAUUUUUGAGUUUCAUUAGGUCCACUCACAACUCCAACUCUGUCGCUAAUGAAAACCAGCCUUAAGCUUUUCAGUUAAUCCCAUAUUAUUAUCAUGCAUACACUGUACAUGUUUUGCCUCUACUCAUAUUAACUAUUUGGUGACAUAGCAUGAAAUUGCUUCAGGCAUGAGAAAUGUAUGGGGCUGUAUGGAAAUCUACAAUCAACAACUAGGGCCCCUACAACAACAGGUACUACAUCCACGUUUUUUAUACCCCACAUUCUUCUAAUCUCCCAUUUCAAAUCCUGAUAUUUUUUUAUUUUUUCAAAUUCCUUUUCAUGUAUCGUACUAUUUCCGCAAUUACACAUUUUUUAACCUUCUUGCUCACUACGAUGAUAUCAUGUCUUCUUGCUUCAACAACAUUAUCACAUUGGAUGUUCAUAUCCCAAGGUAGCUUUACUUCACCAUUUUCCCCAACACCUUCUGGUAAAUGUUCAUACCAUUUUUCCUUCUUUCAAGCUGGUGUAACACACACAACUUCCAAUGUAUAAUCCUCACCACAUUAUCAUGUUUCUUUGAUAUUCCUUCUGGGCUAACCUUUUUUCACUUACUUACAAGUUGACAAACACUCUCACCCUUUUCACCACACAUUCUACAUAAUGAUGACUCAGCAGCCUGAUCAAUGUGUCCUGAGAGUCUGUUCCUCUGCUGCACAGGACUUCCAUUGGAACCUUCACGUCAUCUGUCCUGCAUCCAUAGUUUCUGGCAUAUCCCUCCGGAAUUGUCCAUGCAUUGCUUUAUCCUUCCAUUUUCAUUAACCCUUCAUUAUUAUUAUUAUUACUAUUAUUAUCAUCAUCAUCAUCAUCAUCAUUAUUAUUAUUAUUAUUAUUAUUAUUAUUAUUAUUAUUAUUAUCAUAAGCCAGUGUACUUUAAUACUGUGCUUGACUUGCUUGUUUUGUCAACUUAAGUACUUCUUUUUUAUUGAAAUAUUUUGUUGAUUCUAUAAAGCACACUUUUCUUAAUUUAACAUAGUAAGCAUGUUGGAAAAAAAAGGUGCGCCAUGAAACCCAAAAAACUGGUGUCACAUCACACUCCCCAAAGUGGCCACCUCUCUUCAAGGACCACUUAUCUCCAUCCCCAAGGAGGAUGUUCAUGGCGGCCCUUGGCUAAUAAAUAUAAAAGUUCUUUGUCAAGUCGAAUGUAAGGCUCAAGAUAAUGUAAAUGCCUUGUUUUGCAGAAUUCAGCGGGAUACAAAUCUGGCCACAGACUAGAGGUAAUUAAUAUGACCUAACUUAUGUAACAACUUUCUACAACUUGGAGUAGGCUGCUGUAUGUGGCGUUUGAUGGCUAAGUGUUUGAUCAUAUUCUGAUAUUUUUUUCUUACAGUCGGUCAGCCUACUUGAUAAGUGUAUUACAAUACUAAAUUGAAACAACAUUUAUUGCCCUUAAACUAACAUUACAUUUUUCCUCUCAAAUGUUCUGGCAGACCCAGCAUACCUUCCAAAAGGUUUAUGAUGAAAAGACAACCCAAAAGCAGCUGUUUGACAAUGUAGCAAUGCCUUUAGUUGAUGAUGUUGUCCAUGGGAAAAAUGGUAAGAAUUUUUUUACUUCUGAUCUCCAAAAUAAUCAUUUAUUAAUAAACAUAUCUGUCUGAUUUCGUUAAAACGUGGCCACUGGGUUUUUGCCUGGCGCUGGGCGUAGUUCGGCUCCAGGCCAGUCCGGUGCCCAAAAAUGUAGGGCACUUGACGACUUGGUUGGUACUGCUGGAUAGCCCAGGGACUGCCCUAACAGUGGGUGGGUGGAUCAGGCCUUGGGGUCAAAACAAGUGGGGUAGGGAGGGGUUGUUUUGACACAAUCCCUUUAGUAAGCAAUUGUGUUCAGUGCAGGCUUUGACUGGUGAGUACCUUGGUCUUAAUUUGCCCCAGCCAGCUGAAUUAGGCCUCUGCUGAGAAUGAUUAUCAUGAUAAUUGUAGAGCUCACAGGGCUCGAAAUUGCGACUGAUACGGUCGCCAAUGCGACUAACAUUUUCUCCUUGGCGACUAAAAAUUCUGGUUUAGUCGCCACUUACGUGACCAGGUUUCUCUAUGAUUUAGAAUUAAAUUAAAAGACUAAAGUUAAAACAAACAUGUCAUCAUAUCUUGCUUUGCUUUUGUCAUGAAACAUGUGCCAAAUUGUAUAAACGAAGCCAGUUUACCUCCAAAUUUAUAACAACUUCUGUCCGCGAUAUAUCUGAUGGAUCGUGCCACAGUACAGGGCUUCUGAUAGGUCACGAAAAAAAGUCAAUUUCACGGGAUUUUCAGAGAAAGAUUCACUGAAAUUUUCGGCGCUAAGCUCGCCAAAAACCAAUCAGUAAAAAAGGCUAAUUUUGUGGGGAUUUUCCGGGCAAAUUUCGCUAGAAAUCGAUCGAUUUUGGCGCUGAUUUGACGGGCCUGUUUAAUGCUUUUUAACAGAGAAAAUCAUUUGCUAUUUUAACAACAAAGCGCUCGUGAAAUGAGCCAAUGGCAAAGCUUUUAACGUCAUGACUAGUGCCCAGUUUUUUGCAACAUAAUUUCCGCCUGGUAGUUUUGGAACGUUGUUCUGCUCGUUGUGGUGGUGAAGUUUCAAGAUAAAUUUGCAAGUUUACAGCAAUUAGACACCCCUAAUAAUAGCCGAGAUACGUUUCAAAUAUGUUGUAUCGACAUGUAAUUGAUAAAGAUUUCUAGUGAAUUUUGUGGUAUUUUGAAUGUUUUUGUGAAUUUCGCGGGAUUUCGCAGAUUUACCUGAAUUUUGCGGCUCUGCAUCCUCGCUAAAUAUCAGAAACCCUGAUACUUAAAGAGCUCCGUCAUUUACAUUUUUCAAAAUGGCGACUAAAAAUUUGCAUCUGGCGACUAUAUUUCUACAGUUAGUUGCCAAAAGGAGACCUGAGGAUUUUUUUAAUUUCGAGCCCUGGCUCAGUGAGAGGUGCAGACAGUCACCCACUGUCCUGGGUUGGGAGGGUCAAAGUCUUGGUACCAAGGACGCACUUAGCAUAGUACCUUUAGACACUCAAUGAAGCCAUGUUUUCAUAAAUCCAGUCAGAUAUCAAUUAAAGUUUAUAUCUAAUAUGAACUUGAAACUUUGCUGCAGCUGUAAUACCGUAUGUAGUUGUGUCUCCUAUAUUUUUUACUCACAGGCUUAGUAUUUGCAUAUGGCAUUACUGGCUCUGGAAAGACACACACUAUGACUGGGACACCAAGUGACAGUGGCUUGCUUCCAAGAUGUUUAGAUGUUAUCUUUAACUCUAUUGGAGAGCUGCAAGCACCUAAAUAUGUAAGUUUUGAACCAGCUAUAUUCGGUGAGGUGACCAGGAGCUGGUUGCCAGAUAACAAAUGUAUUGGACCAGCUUUAAGAACUUUUUGAAGACCAGCUGGAGUAAACAGUGAGCCUUAUCAGCUUGCCAAAAAUUCUUUUUGAACAAAAAACCGUGCAAAGAAUGACUUGCACAUGCCAUAGCUCGCACAGAUGACAACACAACACACAAUCACUUACCUUGUUAACAAAUUCAAAAGUUGUUCUUUUUAGAUUACAGUAUAAAACUCAUGGUAAAAAGUUCAACAACAACAAUGACAUUUAUUGACCCCUUAUACAUAAGAGAGAUGAAAUUUACAUCCAAUAAAAAUUAAAGCCAAAAGGGGAGUUGUCUUCCUAAAAUAACUAAUAAGUAACAAGUGAGUUUUGAGUUUUGAGUGCACUUGGGGGGAUUGCUAAGCUCACAAGAACUAGAGGUUUUAGCUUGUUGAUGUCGCCAGCAUGCUCAAUGGGGAUACGAGAGCAUGCUCGUGCUAUUGAAUUUCAUCAGGCGAAUGUCCUAGCUGUUAUAAAAUUAAUCAUGUUUGCUGGCUUCUCAACAUUUAUGUGUAAGACAAAGUUUAAUAAUGACAUUUAAGCUUUUGGCCUUUGCCGCCUGUUACUGUCUGGUUAAUAUUCUGCCUACUGUUGUAGGCAGGAUGACGUGGCUGUAUUUGUUACAAUUAUGUUGUCUUUAAAUUCCUCCUGCAAGGUUUUCAAACUGGACAAAACAAAUGGUAUUGAAAUACAGACUGAACUUGAAGCUAAGCUGGAAAGAGAAAGGCGUGAAAAGGAAGCUGCAUUGCAGGCCCCACCUCCAACGCCAGGAUCAAGAAAUAGGUACAAUAAAUAGUAAAAUUAUUGUCAAAGUUUUUUUUUUGUCUUGUCCUGGGCCCUGUUGUUCAAACGUUAGGCAAAAACCUUGACCUUUUGACCAACUGGCAACCUAAACUCAAUUUCAGUUUGUUUGUCUGACAUGGUGGCUUGGCCAGAUAUCAGUCCUUUUAAGAAAGAAUUUACAGCUGCUGUUUGUGCCAAAAUAGAAGUAAAAAGCUGGUAGAUCAAGUAUGAAAUAGACAUCUGUAUGUACAAGCCUCUCCAUAACUAGUGAAUUAACAAAGUUUGUAUGGUAUAUAGAAACAAGUUUGAAUUGAGUUGCUUUAGCUUUUGUAUAUUGUUUUUACUUUCAGAAAUGCUGAUAAUGAUUUUGCUGAUGUAAUAAGAGUCCCUGAAACAGGGAUUGUCAAUGAUGUGAGUGAAUGAACUCUUUGGGUAGUUGUUCUGACAUGUACUAGUUACCUUGUAAUGUCUGGAUUAACUUUCUUUCUAAUUGUUUGAAUGCAGGUGGAUGAAGACAACAGCUACGCAGUGUUUGUCUCUUAUUUUGAAAUUUAUAACAAUUAUGUUUAUGAUCUUCUUGAUGAGACUCCAGUGGACCCCAUCUGUCCAAAGUAAGUCCAUAAAAAAGUUUGGAUAGUUUUAAAUGUUGCAGAAAGCUUGUCUUAUCAGUCUAAUUUGUCAAGUUAUAAGUCAGGUAUGGGUUAGGCACAGAGGAUAGAGUUUGGGUUAGCCCAACUUGAACCACUCAUGGUUUACAUUUGGUUCAUGAAAUGUUGUAAUAAUAACAUAAUAAUAACAUUUAUUUAUUUAUACAGCGCAAACUCAACUAUACAGUUUUCAAAUGCGCCUUACAAUUAAAAAUUACACAAAUGAAUAAUUAUCUAAUCUAUAAAUUACAACAUUAUAUCAGAAAAGGAGAGCUACUCUCUCUACCGUAAAGCCGUUAAUCAAGAGCUUAAAUCGCUCCGCAGCAAAUACUUUGCCUCAAUAGUUGGUGAAAUGCUGUCAAAUGGAUUGCUGGAAUGGUUCCCUGUGCCAGUUCGGACAGCAUUCUCUCCAGUUUACACCUGGAUGGUGAACUCGGUGAACUUGAAAUCGCUAACAAAAUUAACUCGGCCUUCCUUGCUCCCAUGGAAAUCUUCCAGCCAGUGAAUACAUAGGGGUCAUCCUUAUAAGGUGCAACUGCCUCUAAUGGCCCAUUAGAGGCAGUUGCACCUUAUAAGGAUGACCCCUAUGUAUUCACUCUAUCAGAGCCUGCAGUCCUGGCCGUCCUGAAACAACUAAAUCCACGCAAAGCUGCUGGACCUGACUGUGUACCCAGUUGGCUCCUGCGUGAGUACGCUAAGGUUCUUGCCGAACCAGUAAGAGCAAUUCUGAACUCUAGCUAUAAAGAGUAAAGACUACCUUCGCCCUGGAAGCUAGCUGAUGUUGUCCCGCUCCCCAAGCAGAAGCCUGUGGAAGAUCUUAGCAAGCAGCUGUGCCCCAUCUCCCUGACUCCCGCCAUCUCGAAACUCGCGGAAGAUUUUGUUGUAUCUACCCAUGUCGGCCCUGCUGUGCUCAAGGUCAUUGACCAUGAUCAAUACAGCUCUGAUCUCGAUGUUUCACUACUGGUUACAAGCCACAGACGGUACAGGUGCAGCUGUCAGGGUCGUGUUAUUUGAUUACCGCAAGGCCUUUGACCUUAUCGAUCAUAAGAUACUUGUCACUAAGAUCAAUGGCCUCGAUAUUCCGCACAGCAUCAAAGCCUGGGUGACUGACUUUUUGACAAAUCGACACCACCGCAUCAAGUUGUCCUCAGACUGCUUCUCUGAGUGGGGUCCAGUCCCCACCGGAGUUCCUCAAGGGACCAAGCUCGGACCUUGGCUUUUCUUACUCAUGAUCAAUGAUCUCAAGGUUGACGCUCUCAUGUGGAAGUAUGUGGACGAUAUGACAAUCUCCCAAACCAUACCUCGCGGCUCCCUGGGUGAUGUGCAACACGCUGUUACUGCAGUGGAGGACUGGUCUCGCUCCCAGCGGAUGCAACUAAAUGCUGACAAGUGCAAGGAGAUGGUUAUUGACUUUAAGAAGAUCUCUCAUAACUUCUCCCCUCUCGAGGUAGACUGAAACGAGCUUCCUGUCACCAACUGUGCGAAGUACUAGGUGUUACGAUAUCCAUUGACUUGAAAUGGAACAAGCACGUUGUAGAUUGCAUUAAGAAAGCAAAUAAGCGCCUGUAUUUCAUUGUUCCCUUGAAAAGGGCUCGUGUUCCCCUUAAUGACAUUGUGAAUUUCUAUAUAUAACAAUCAGACCUGUACUAGAAUACUGCGCUCCGGUUUUCCAUCAUGCACUCCCGGCUUACCUUAAUGAGGAUAUAAAAAGAAUUCAGAACAGAGUGCUUUCCUAAUUUCAUCUUCCAUGUCAUAUUGGGAAUGCCUUGACAGCCUAGGCCUGCCAACGCUAUAUGAUAGACGCAACAGACUAUGUAGACAAUUGUUCGAUUCCAUUGCUGCCACCAAGAAAACAAUCCAGCUAUAAUUUAAGGCGUCAAAAGUUAUACAAUUUGCCACGUUCCCAUAUGGAAUGUUUCAGAUGCUCUUUUGUUUAUGCUAUGUCCCAGGGUUGUGCAUAAAGCUCUUAAAGUUUCAAAGAAGUCGACUUUAUUGUAAGAUUUUUAUACAUAUUUUUUUAGUUUUACUACACAAGGUAUUUAUAUUCAUAUGAUUGUAAUUAGUUUUAUAUUUUAACUAAUGUUAUUUGUAAAAUACAUAAUUCAGUUUUAUGACUGCAAAGUAUUUAUACGAUAAACGAUUUAGCUAUCUAUCUAAGGCCUUUUUUAAAAGGUGAGUCCUCAAAUUACGUUUAAAAACUUCAAAAUCGGAGGUGCAUCUAAGAUCUAAUAAAAGAUUAUUCCACAGUUUUGGUGCAGCGGCUACAAAGGCUCGGUCACCACGAGUAGGGAGAGUCCUGAAGUUUGGAUUUCAAAGCAGAUAUUUGUUAUUUGACCUGAGGCUGUAGGAAGAAUUAGGUUUAAAGUUAACGAGAGAUGAUAAAUCAUUAGGAGCUGUUCCAUGGAUUGCUUUUUGAGAAUACUAAUCUUAAAUUCUAUUCUAAACGUUAAGGGCAGCCAGUGUAAUUCGUAUAAUAUUGGUGUGAUAUGGCAAUACCGUGGCGCUAGAUAUAGAACUCUUGCAGCUGCGUUUUGAACACGCUGCAGUUUAGUGAGGGCGCAGUGGGGUAGUCCGUAUAAAAGUGAGUUACAAUAGUCCAAUCUGCUUGUGAUGAAAGCGUGGACUAACUUCUCGGCAGAUUCUAUGCUUAGAUAUUUUUCUGACGCGUCUAAUAUUGUGUAGAUGAAAAAAAAAGCACUCCCACAAGUUUUGGUUAUGUUAAAGUUCAGGUUGAAAUGGCAGUCAAACCAGGCCCCUAAGUUUCUAAGAGGUUCCAUGCUGGGAGAGAUGAUGGAUUCGCCAAUAGUUAGAGUAGCGCUUUAAGUUUUCUGUAGCUGCGCCUUCGUCCCAAUGAGCAUAAACUUAGUUGGAAUCAUUGAUCAUGAGUUUGUCAUUGAUCAUCCAGCUACGGAUGUCACAGAGGCACGCUUCCAAUGGUGGCAUCUUGAUCGGAAUCAUCGUUUGCAUUGAAUGCCAAAUAGGUACCGGUAUCAUCGGCGUAACUGUGCGCUGUUGGCAAGUGCUGGCUAAUUACAUCAAAAAGCUCACUAGUGUAAAUGGAGAACAGCAUUGGGCCGAGAUAGGAGCCCUGUGGCACACCAAACUUCAGAUCAAAACUGUCUGACCUUGCACUGCUGAUUACAAUACGCUGGGAUCUAUUGACAGAUAAGAUUUAAACCACGUUACUGCUUGAUCUUUAAUUCCAAAUUUGUGUUCCAGGCGCCGCAGUAAUAUAUCAUGGUCUACUGUAUCAAAGGCAGUGCGUAGAUCUAGGAACACAAGUAAUGUGACUUGUUGUUUGUUCAUGCUGACAAGUAUGUCGUUGUGCAUGCCCAGUAAGGCAGUCUCUGUGCUGUGAUAUUUGCGGUUGGCUGAUUGAAAUUCUGCAUGGAAACAUCUGAUUGAAUGACACUUGAUCACAGAUUUGUAGUGCAGCUGCCUUUUCAGUGAUCUCUGAAAGGAAUGCGAGAUUGCUGACGGGCCGGUAGUUUUUCUUUAUCAAAUCCACGUUGACUCUCUUUAACUUUGGUCUCACUAAACCCUCUUUCCACAUGUAGUUUGUAGUUACUCAGAGUAACCAGUUAGUCUUAAGUGAACAGCAGUAGUAACUUGUCUGAUAUGGCAAGAGAAACUUUUUUUUUCAUUUGUAAACAUAAAUAGUUUAGUUUGUCAAAGCAUUGGUUGUGGUUAUCAGACCAAUCUACCUGUAAACAAUAAACACAUCCUGUUGUAAGCCCCUCUAUAGCUUGUUUUAAAAUAAAUUUGAUUUAUUAUAGUACUUUGAGCUUAACUAAAACUGGUAGAUUCAAAAUCUCCUUUUUAUCAGCACUGAUAUAGCUUGUUUCUAAGUGAUUUUCCUUUUCCAUUUAUAAGCCCACUUAAUCUCUUGUAUUUAAACCCCUCCAUGUAUAAGCCCUCCCAAAACCUGUUACAAAGGUUUAACGUGUGAGUCGCACAUGGAGAUUGGGUGCCUAGAACCUGGAGGCUGGAGCUGCCUACCCCUAACCCAGGUAGCAUGAACACCCCAAAAGGCCAAGGCCCUGGGUGAGGAAAAGGGAAGGACCUAUCUGUCAAGCAACAAAUAGGCUGAGAGGAAAUCCAAAGGAAUUGGAGUGGCAGCAUGCUCUGCUGGAGGGGCCAGGUGCCAAAAACGCUGAAACUGGAAAUGGGAGGGAGCAUCAGCAACAGGGUUAGCUUCACCACAAACAGAACUGAUGAGGCCUAAAAGGAAAAGGAAUGGUGCACUGCCAACAAAGCUAGGAAACUCAUCAGAACCAUUAAGUAAGAAUCUCUAGGGGUGCCAGAGGACAGAGCAGCCACCACCAACUCAUUGUCACGCAAGAACUCAAACCACCUUGAGGACCAUGGGGUCCCUAUAAAAUAAUACGAAGCCACAACAAUGGGAAAGAGUUCCUUAUAUGCAGUAGACAGGGGUUGCGGUGAUGCUGACCAUGAACCACAAAACCACUGGUUGUUGAAGAUGGUGCCAUAGCCCAGAGUGCCUGCGGUGUCAGAUGAAACUUGGAUAUCAGGAAGAAGAGCACAUUCUGGCAUCAAGAAGAAGCUGAGCCCAUCCCAACUUUGGAUAAGUUUGUGCCACCAAGUCAGGUCAAGACAGAAUUCCUGGUUCAGAUGAAUUGGAUGGUCAUCACAUCUGAAAGAACACAGUAAGUUAAUCAUGUGAUGAAGGAAUGUUCUACCCUUGGGGACAAUCUUGCAUCCAUGGUGGAGGUGGCCAAUAAGGGACUCUAACUCCUACUGUUUGCAAAAUCGCUUGCCAGACCAUGUUUCCAGCAGAAUAAUAAUUCACUCUCUCUUGUCAGUAGGAAGCCGUGCCUGCUCAAUACCUAGGAUCGACAGGCGAGUAGACAGAUCCUCCAGCUUGUCCGGGUGAAGAGGGAGGCCGAGUUUGGAAUACAGCUGAAUACUCGCCUACAAAUUGUUGUGAUACACCAAAGAGACUUGGGGACCCAGGGUGAAAAAAACAUCUAAAUAAUGACAAAGGAAGUCAACACCAUGGUGAGAGGUCAGCAUCCACUGUACCAUAUCUGCAAUAGCAGUAAAAAUGUUUCAAGCGGACCAAAGACCAAAUGGAAGCACCAUGUCCACGUAGUAUUUAUCCCACCAUUUCAUCCCUAAAGGCCAAAAGCAGGAGGUCCAAAGGAUAUGAAUAGCAACAUUGCAAUAGGUGCCUGCCACAUCAAGCAUUACCAUCAGGGUGCCAGGGCCUCAGGCCAUGAUGCCACCAAUACAGGAGUCAACUGUAAUGUACUGGACUGAAAAGAGAUCUUUAGAAUGCCAUCAUCAACACUGUAGCCAUCUGGAGACGAGAGGUCAACACCGCUUGGAACUGAGAAAACUGUAAUGGAGACACUAAAUGUACAGGUGUUAAAGAUGAAAAUGAGUGGACAGGAACAGACAUGUUAGGAGAAUCUACAGAACUAGAACAAAACAAAGCUGCUAAGCAAUGCAGUCCACAAGGCUGGUCAGGGCGAACAGGAACGUUACACUGUUUACAGGAAUCACUGUAGACGGCUGGACCCCUUCAGUACCUCCCUGCUUCAGGGGAGGGGAAGCGAGACAAUUGGUGCCAAAGGAACGAAAUGGGCAGCAUACCCUCAGAUGGUCUCCGUCACAUGAGCUGCAGAUGUGGCGGAAGCGGCAGUCCCCAAAAUGCCAUAGGCACGGAUCUCUGUUUCAUAAGAUACUGUUAUACAUUAAAAGGGAAGGGCACUGUUUCCCGGUGAGCUGCCACUGGUGUGGAUGGGCAGGAGGAUGACAGCAAUGAGGUGGGGAAAGCUGGUGAGUGCAAGUGAAAAUUAUAUUGGUCCAAAUUCAUCCUGGAUCAGUCAGAUGCACCAGUUGCGGCAGCAUCCCUCCCAAAGGCAAGGUCAUACUCUAGCCAUGCACGACCAGAUGAUUGUCAGUUUGAAUGAUCAGCAACUUGUAUUUUGUCGUAUCUGACCAGUGAUGGGGAUGGGAAACACAGAUCACCAUUUGGGAGAUUGUAAAGGCCUCAGUAUAAGUAAGGCUGUCUUCUUCUUCAACCUGCGGACGCUUUUUGGAGACCAAUAACUUGCCAUCCAGAAAUGACUGGGGCUCCUGGUCGACAGCAUUGAGAUUUGCCAACAAUAAGUCUGCUAACUUCACAAAGUUGCCGCUAGUAAUUUUUCACCAAUUUCACAGGAAAGGGCGCAUGACCUGGGCCCACCACAAAUGCCUUGUCGCACAGUGAGGUCAAACUGUUGCUGCCCAAAAAGAGGCUGGAAACAUGUGAUGCCUUAAUUGGAGCAGUGAUCGAUUGAGCAAGGCCCUCCUAGCAAGAGCCGUUGAUAGUGAAAAUGGUGGUGAACAUAGACACAAAUGGAGGUAAUCUCAACCUACCUGAAGAAGAGGCAAGUGAGCUGGCAGCAACUAUUGCUGAGCUGGAAACAACAAUAAUAAAAUAAUAAUAAAUAAUAAAAUAUUUAUAUAGCGCUUAUGCACCAGCACUGAGAAGAGAAGGAGGAAGAGGAGCUGCACUGAAAACCAGAGGCUGCACGAAGUCUGCAUGAAGCGUGGAGACGAAAGUCAGUAGGGAAUGUUGAAGUGCAUGGGCCACCAUGACCGUGAUCUUGUUUGGAAGUGAAUUUGAUGCUCCCGAUGAAGCCGUUGUGACUGCCACUGAAUCCCCAGAUGAUGGAGGAGUUGACUUAGAAAAAAGUGGCAACAAACCUGCCAUCAAGCUAUUGGAUGUAGAUCGCAGAGUGGACCACUGAAAACUUGGAAAAAACCAUGAACAUGAGGGGGUCAUGCAUUCUGCUCUUCAUUAAUGGGCCAACCCACGAGUACCACGUGACAGCACAAUGCAGCAAUAAAAACAGUACAGAACUCCAAACUGAACAAGACGCCCUACAAACUCCGAGAAAAAAAUAAAACUGAGCAAGACGCCCCGAACACUAGGCACUGUAAAACUACAAGCACAUGUAAACGCACACGCAUAAAUUGCAACAGUAAACUGCUGACCCAAGGGGGCACUGGAAAUUGCCCCGCAACAGGCCUAGUUCAGUAAAGUAAACCCUGGCAAAAAUGCCAGAAUAUAGGAGAACUGCCAGCUCGCCAAAUCACACCAAUAAAACGCUAACAAAUGCAAACCCCAUGCUCAUGCCAAGCCAACUACUAAGCAGCUAGCUCCUAAGUUAAAUAAGUGUAUUAUCUUAACCUCAUUUAAUUUUCAGGGCUUGUAAUUGGCAGUUUACUCUUGAAAAAUAUCAGCAUUUCAAAUUUCUUUCAAUUUGACCUGUUUUUCACCACCCACUAAAGCUAUACUACAGGUUCUUUGGAACCUGCCCCUUUAUUCUUUACUACGUUACUCAUAGUGUCUUGGUAUUAAUUCACAGACCACCAGCAUCAAAAAAUCUGAGAGAAGAUAAUAAUCGCAAUAUGUAUGUUAGUGGGGUAACAGAGGUUGAAGUCAAAAGUACAGAAGAAGCUUACAGUAUCUUUUGGAAAGGUGAGAGGAUAAUAUUAUUGUUUCACUUCAUGAAAUGAUUAGGUCAAAUUUCAAAAGUUGGCAUCAAUUUACAGUAAGUUACCUUAAAUUUUUGUUCCCGGUAAAUAUUAUAAUUUUGAGGUUGGAGUCUUCAUUUUCAUGACUUAUUUUCUAUUACUGUGUUUCAAUGAUGUCAUGUGUGCUGAAGGUGGGGAGAAUUUGUGUUUCUUUGACUGUUUAAGUUCGGUUUACUUCUCUCACCUGAAACUCUACUCUCCCCUUCACACUAACAUAUUUCAUUGGACAAGAAAUGUUAUCUUCAAAUUCACACUUAAUUUAAUUUCUAUAAUAAGAUACACUCUAAAAAUUCAGAAGCAUAUGCUUCUGAUAAAAUGAAUUAAAUACCUCACUAGGUCAACUGUAAGUACUUAAAAGCAUUGACUUGCUCUUGCUAGUACUUAUAAAUGCUCUAGAUCUGUCCACUAAUUAUUAGUAGGGGAGUAAAAAAAGAUACUGACUUUUAUUCCAGUGCAUGUAGACAAAAGUUACCAGUAGGUGACAAAAGUGUUCCAAUAGACUGCAAAUAGUACAUUUCCGAUCACAUCUUAUGAUGUAUGUACGUAUUAUUUUGGAUACAGGCCAGAAGAAGAGACGUGUUGCUAAUACAGUACUGAAUCGAGAGUCAAGCAGAAGUCAUAGUGUUUUUGCUGUCAAAUUGGUGCAAGCUCCUUUGGAUCCAGAUGGGGAAGANGAAGAUAAUAAUCGCAAUAUGUAUGUUAGUGGGGUAACAGAGGUUGAAGUCAAAAGUACAGAAGAAGCUUACAGUAUCUUUUGGAAAGGUGAGAGGAUAAUAUUAUUGUUUCACUUCAUGAAAUGAUUAGGUCAAAUUUCAAAAGUUGGCAUCAAUUUACAGUAAGUUACCUUAAAUUUUUGUUCCCGGUAAAUAUUAUAAUUUUGAGGUUGGAGUCUUCAUUUUCAUGACUUAUUUUCUAUUACUGUGUUUCAAUGAUGUCAUGUGUGCUGAAGGUGGGGAGAAUUUGUGUUUCUUUGACUGUUUAAGUUCGGUUUACUUCUCUCACCUGAAACUCUACUCUCCCCUUCACACUAACAUAUUUCAUUGGACAAGAAAUGUUAUCUUCAAAUUCACACUUAAUUUAAUUUCUAUAAUAAGAUACACUCUAAAAAUUCAGAAGCAUAUGCUUCUGAUAAAAUGAAUUAAAUACCUCACUAGGUCAACUGUAAGUACUUAAAAGCAUUGACUUGCUCUUGCUAGUACUUAUAAAUGCUCUAGAUCUGUCCACUAAUUAUUAGUAGGGGAGUAAAAAAAGAUACUGACUUUUAUUCCAGUGCAUGUAGACAAAAGUUACCAGUAGGUGACAAAAGUGUUCCAAUAGACUGCAAAUAGUACAUUUCCGAUCACAUCUUAUGAUGUAUGUACGUAUUAUUUUGGAUACAGGCCAGAAGAAGAGACGUGUUGCUAAUACAGUACUGAAUCGAGAGUCAAGCAGAAGUCAUAGUGUUUUUGCUGUCAAAUUGGUGCAAGCUCCUUUGGAUCCAGAUGGGGAAGAGGUCUUACAAGUAAGUUUUUUCAGCAUCCAUAUCUAAUUCAACUAUUUGAAUUGAACAAUAUUAUACAAUGUUGCUAAUGUCAUAAAGAGAAGAGGGCACCUAUUUUGUUUGGAAGAUUGUUUGUCUAGUUUGUUCAUGGUGAUUUCCAGUUCAAGGAGAAAUCUUCAGCCUGUGGUCUUGAUAUAGUGAUUAACAGCCUUGGAUUCAGAUCACAUUUGUGGGGUGCUUACAUUUGGGUGGAAAUAUAGGUAGGUGGAAGUUCUGUGAAAGAAACUUUGUAAUCCUUUGUCUUUGUAUUGAUUCCAUCCAUUUAGGAUAAAGACCAGAUUGCAGUUAGUACUCUGUCAUUAUGUGAUCUGGCAGGGUCAGAAAGAACCAACAGAACAAGAGCUGGUGGAGACAGACUCAGAGAAGCAGGUACUUUACAUUGCAGCAAGUCAAAUCACAUCAAAUCACCUUCAGUAGGUGCCUUCAUAUUUUUUUCUCUUGCCUUUCCCAUUCUUUCAUAGGUAAUAUCAAUGCAUCCCUGAUGACAUUAAGAACAUGUAUGGAGGUUCUGAGAGAAAAUCAGGGAAAUGUACAAAAUGGUAUUUCCCCAAAGGUUUGUAUGUAUAGAUGUAUGGCUUUUAUUUGUCUUGCCAAGGUGGCAGCUGCUUAUGAUAGUAGAAUAUGAUGGCCCAAUGAUUUUCCGCUCAAAAAGUAGAAGGACAUUUCAUAAUUUUAUUGUUUUCUUUGUUUUCAGAUUGUUCCUUACAGGGAUUCCAAACUGACACAUCUUUUUAAGAAUUUUUUUGAUGGAGAAGGGAAGGUGAGAUUUAAAGAUGUGCACUCACUAAUUUUACUGCAGUUUGAAGUUAUUGACCAAGUAUGUAACUUUUUCAGGUUCGGAUGGUUGUUUGUUUAAACCCAAAUGCAGAUGAUUAUGACGAGAGUGUGGUGAGUACGAAAUAAAGAUAGAUGGUAGAUUUUAAGCUCAGUAAAUGAAUUUGAAACAUGCAAUAAUCAGCAUAUUGCAAAUUGGGACAGAAAAAAGAAAUCUUAAGUCUCUGACAGGAUUCAGACCUAUGACCCUUUGAAGAGUCCCCUUAGCUACCGUGAAAUUCAUGGAGAUUAAGGCAACAUACCAGGUUCAUGAAAAAUGUUUUAUAAGAAUUGUAUAUUCAAUUACCUGAAAAAUAGUUGGUUUUGUACCCGCUAAUGUACUUUUUUCGAUAUCCCUUUUUAGCAUGUCAUGAAAUUUGCUGAGGUUACCCAAGACGUUGUUAUAGCCAGACCUCAGUCUGUCAGGUACUGUGUGUAAAAAUAUAAAUUGUCUCUAAUUUCCAGAUUUAUGACACAGCAUAAAGUUCAGUGGAAAGAAUAACUUUCAAACAACAAUAAAUCAUUGCCUUUUUGUCUGAUGUUCAUUCAAACCCCUAUCAAUUUUCAAAUAACUAAAGAUGAGUAAAUUACUUAAGAUUUCAUACUUGUUAUAAAAUGUAUGUUUGCCAAUAUGUAUCAAAGUCAAAACUAAUAAAACUCUGUGUUGUUUCUGAACAGAUUUGACACUGGUCUGACACCCGGAAGAAGGAGAGGUAUGCAAGAGAUCUUUUGGGUUUCAAUAUGAUUGUACAAAAACGGUCUCAUUUUUAGCAUAAAAUUCUUUGAGCUGUUUGUUUGGCCAAAUCAAUUCUCUUUCCCAAAUUUUUUUGUGAAACCUAGAUUAUCCCGUCAAUAUAAAAAAGGCAAGCGAUUUAAAAAUUACAAAACACUCACUCGUUACCAUAACUUAUAAAAUAACACUCACAAAAUUACCGGCUAAAGUUUCUGUUACAGAAUUAUGUCAAGAGGUCAAAAUACUGAAGUUGUGAAGCAUCUUCAUCAAAGAUAAUUGGCUAAACACUCCUUAAAUCCAUUACAGUUGUGACCAAAAACAUAUAAAAAGACUAUUUCAAAAUACAGCAUGUGGAAAUGGGCAGAAGCCUGCAAACAGAAAAUUCACCUCAACAAACAUCUGAAAAUCAUGAGACAUGCAAAUACCCCAAACACUAAAAAUACCCAAAUUUAAAAUAAAAGAUGUCUACUGCGCGAUUUCAUUGGAAAGCAUGAGAAAACUAGCCGCAAACUGUGAAGGUAAAAGUGACUUGUCAUUUCCCGCAGAAAAAGGCCAGGGUGCUAAAACUUUAGCUUAAAUAUCUUACAUUGUAAGGUGUAAACAUAUUUGAACGUGUAAGAACAAAUCAGAGACGCAUCGAUCCCUGUUUCUCACCUUAACUCCAUUCACUCUUUACACAAAAUAAUAAUUUGAUUAAAUUUCUUCUCUUUUUUUCGUAGCGAAUCAAAUGUACAAGGAAGUUCUCGCUCAUGUUGAGGAGAAUGGCAAUAAAGGUAAUCCACUAUGUGUGAUUUGCCCAAUUAAUUGAACAUAAACAAUAACAAAGGCAUUUUGCAAUUUCUCUGUCUCAAAAAAGGUGCUUCGAAACUCCUUUGUCCAUUUCGAUUUUCUUUUGUAGAUGAAGUGAUCAUAGCCAAACCACUGCACACUAUGGGCCCACCUUUUCCAUUGUUUGAAGUAAGUGAAUUACUUUUGUUUUCUUCUUUCGGACGAACUUGUUGAGUUUUAAUAAUUGCUAAUCUGUUGUAUAGUAUCUUACGUUUUGAACUCAUUUCAUUGCAGCUGAAUUCUGCAGAAGAUAACAACACGCUGAUAACCUUGAUAAAUUUCCUUCAAGAUAGACAAAGGCGAAGGCAGACUCUCAUAGAUGAUUUGUCAAGGAAGGGUAAAUCAAUGUGUGAAGCUGUGAUUAUCUGACACUUGAAGUGAACAUCCUUGAUCAGUAUGUGAACCCUUUCCUUGGACUUGUCAUCACGGGUCACAUCAAUUCCUUUUUCCUUCUUUCUCUUGCAGAGGGAAUUUUCAGGGCUCAUCUGUUAGAAUUAGAAAAGGAAAACAGCCAAGCGAAUGGGGUAAGUAUAUAUUGACGUUGUUUUGAAGUACAACUGCAUGGGUAUACUCAGCCGGUUUUUAUCCAGUUUGCACUUUCCACCGUGAUUUUGGGACUUCAACAUUCUGUAUUCGUGAUAAGCGCUUACCAAACAAUCUUGCUGGUCUAUCGGCUUGAACUAAACUCUUUCUUCUCCCAUCGAUUUUUGUCCUCUAGAUUAUUACAAACCUCAAGGCGACGAUUGAAGAGAAAGACAGGUAUUUAAAAGAACAGAUAGACAUAAGUUUUAGGGCUGUUUUUGUGCCAACCAAGGCUUGCGAGAGAGACAGGAAGGUUGAGAGAGCGUGGUCCAAGAAAGAAGUGGUUUGGUAGUGGUCUAAGCACACCACCUUUUGAUUUAUUUCUAAAUAUUAAUCUUUUUUUGUUUGCAAAGAGUUCCUUUGUGAAAAAGAGAGAGCUCGCCUGUUGUGUCCCUCUACUAUACUGUAUGACAUUAGCGCAGAUUUAUCUCUUGAUGUUGGUAGCCUCUUUACUUGCUCCUCGCCACUGGAGGCAAGACGUCUCUCUCCGAAUUUUUCUUUUUUGCGCUGGAAACGGCGGAGAGCGAUAGGGGUUGCUGUAUUCGCAGCCUACAACUUCGAGGAUAGAUAUAAAAGUUCAGUUGCAUAUAUGUAGGUAACUCUUUUUUUGAUUGUUAUUUCUAGAGACAUACAGAAGCUUGAAAGAAGAUUGAAGGCUCUGUCACAAAAGGUAUAUAUAGUGUGUAUUAUUAAACGGUUUUUAUUUGUAGGUGAUUAUUUUGUGCUAACCUCAGAAGUACCUCAUCAUGUCAUGAUUUUCCUCUCCGUAGAACGAGAUGCUCAUGAAAACAGCUGAGCUGUACGAGCAAGACAAGAAGGAACUCCAAUACGAGGUACAAAGUCUUGUGCAAGAAGCUUAAUGCAUCUGUCAACACGUUAAGGUUAUUUUGACCGACUCCGCCUGAACACGGGACCACUUCUUAAUGUCCCGGGUGUCGUUUUUUUUAUAGUAGGGUCAUGUUUCUAUUAAAUAACUCAUUGAAAAUUCAAGGACACUAUUUAAUCAGCGUUGAAUUACUAUAAAUAAUAACCAACUAACUAGAGCUGAUUAGCUCUUGUAACCAAAUCAGAUUUGAUUCAGAACGGCUUUCGAGCGCAGGGAAACCAACGACGUGGCAAUAGCUUCGGUCGGUUGGCUGUGAUGGAGGCGAUGUUAAGCCGAAUCUGGUUUUAACAUACAGUAGAACCCCGGUAACUCGAACUCUGAAGGGAAAACAGUUCGGGUUAGCCGGGGCUCGAUUGUCACUGUUAGUAAUUGACAGUAACUGAUUAUUUGGCAUUUCAGUGCAUAGUACAGGGCAAAUUAACUAUUUCAUUAAGAACGGUGACAUGAUUAUGGAUUUUUACGAUAAAACGUGAUCUUUUCGUUGCAUUAGUUAAGACCAGUUUGUGUAGGGUUAGUUUUAGGGCGCUUUCUAUGUGUCAGAACUGGCCUGCCAGACCAGUUAGUUAUCAAAUGAAAUCGGCUUUCUCCGAAGGGUUUUUGCUGAAAAACCAUCUCGUUUGUGCAUACUACUAAUUUAGGAUUUGACUGAUGUGGCUGGAUAGUUUUGAUUAAAAGUGAAAUUCUUAUAACGACGGGAAUGUUCUGGCCGACCAUUUCUGACACAUGAAAAGUGCCCUUAGUGUUUCUACCGAUUUUACGAUAAGAGGAGGUAUUAAAUGGGACGGCAUCCGAGUGGAGUGAAAUUUUGAUCAAGGGAAAGGAAAUUUAUUUCGAGUUAACCGAGUAAAAAUGACUGAAAAUUGGAUGAAAUCCCAGGGAAAUAAGUUCGAGUCAGCGGGCCGGGGAGUUCAAGUUAUCUGGAGUUCGAGUUGCCAAGGUGCUACUGUAUCGUAUUUCAGUUUUACAACUUACUUUUCAUCUCCUAAUAACUUUAAUGAUCUCCUCAUUGCAUUGUUCGAUUAUUACUAAAUUGCUUGUCUGACUCGGAUUCAUAUUUUUUCUAGCUGGAUGAUCAGAAGAAAAGAGCAGACAAAGAAAAAAAUGACAAAGUCAAAAUGAGACAGGUUAGGAUUAUUAGAUGUUAAAUUUGCACAAGCAGCCUCUUAAUUAAGAGAAUUAGAGAGAAUGAAGGCAAUAUUCUUGCUUCAAUUAAGACACGCAUUAUCUGGGCUCCUUUCCCACUAAACAGCCAGCUAAAGGCGACACCCUUUUCUGCGUUUUUGGCAUCAACCUGCGACGCGACAAAUUUUAACGUUUGCCUUUCCUACAAGAAUAAAGAACAAAAAUAAAAAGUGGAUUUACACUGUUUACAGCUUUCCCUGUUAGCACAGUGUCGAGAGAAAUUUCUUUUUUUUUUCGCCGAUAAUAAACAGAAUGUAACUCUGAUUCCUUUGCUGCGUCAUUUUUGCCUGUCGCCACAUACUACUCUUUAAAAGCUGCUUUUUUAAAACAUGUCUUCUUUUCCUCUCGUAAGGCUUUGAAAGGUGUGGUUUCACAAGAAAAAGACAAAUGGCAACGAGAAUGUGUAAGUGUGAAGGGUUUGACUGAUGCGUUUAAGUGUUAAACAGUUAAAAGACAUCCCUGGCCGGUUGGGAAUAACGCGAAACAAAGGCCGCUCGAGAGAGGAACUUGCCUGAGAGACGGGUCCGGGAAAGGAAAAAGUCUGUUUACAGGUUACAGAGGUAGCCUAGCUGGAGCAUCUGAGAAUCAGACAAGUUCACAGGCUGAACAUGUUUGACUUCAAUUUUUUUUUUUACUCUUCUUGAAAAGAGCUUAUUUAAGGGCUACUAGAAACAGAUAGACUAUAUUUUGUAUGCUGUAAUCCUUUCCUUUCUAAUCAUUAUUAUGGGGGAACUUUUGUGUUAUUUAUCUUAUUCAGUUUCCCGACCCUAUGAAAGGCAGAGCUUCCUUAACAGCCCUUACUAACGCUUUGAAAUGUUUUAUUACAUAGUCCAAACGGGUUAAAGACAAAGAGAUGGAGAUGCAGGCCAAAAUGUGGCAGAAGGAUGAAAAGUUGCGACAGCUCAAGGAGAUCGUUCAGGUAUGCCGCGAACAUGUCUCUCGCAAGUCUGAUACAAGACCCUAGACCUACAAAAAAAGUCCUAAACUGAAUGAAAAUGGUCACACUGAAUUUAUUCGCUUGACUUAGAAUUGUAGGUAGAUACAGAAUGGGUUUUCCAGGCUGAAGCAUGACGCUUGCCCGUAGAAUAUGAACAACUUUGCAUCAAAGGAUAGGUUUUAAUGUGGCACAGUUGUACUGAAGUAGAAGGAAUAAAAGGCAUGCUAAAGUAUCUUUGUUUUUGAAAUUCCAGUUAAGUGUGUUUGACACUAGAUGUUUUUUGUUUUAUUCCUUCAGAACAUGAAACCAAACGAAAGAACGUUAACUCGUGCCCAGGCCAAAGCAGCAGCUGUACCUCGAUCCAAGUCCCCACCGCCCGUGGCGAGAAAGGUAGUAAAGGUCCCUGGGUUAGAUGGUGUUAUUGACUUGACAGUAGCUUUUAAAAAUGUGGCCUUUAUUGUGUAUUGAACCUGAUGCUUAUUUCCACGAGUCCUAUACGACCUCAUUGAAACACACUUCACUCGCUUUAAAGAACUUCUGAGAGGUUGAAUUGUAGCAAGUAAGUCUACUUCCGUUUAGAUAUGAAAUGGGUAAAAUAUCGUUGCUGGUUGGAACAGACUCGACUUUUGUCGUGUGGGCACGGUCAAUGGUUUUGUUGGAAAUGUGGCUCAGUCACACAGAUUAUCAUUUAAAGUGUUAGGCUUUAUUUUGUUGUAAAGUAAGUGUUGAAUUAUCUCGGUUACAUUUCAGCCACCCAUUAAAUCACGNUUUUUUGUUUUAUUCCUUCAGAACAUGAAACCAAACGAAAGAACGUUAACUCGUGCCCAGGCCAAAGCAGCAGCUGUACCUCGAUCCAAGUCCCCACCGCCCGUGGCGAGAAAGGUAGUAAAGGUCCCUGGAUUAGAUGGUGUCAUUGACUUGACAGUAGCUUUUAAAAAUGUGGCCUUUAUUGUGUAUUGAACCUGAUGCUUAUUUCCACGAGUCCUAUACGACCUUAUUGAAACACACUUCACUCGCUUUAAGAACUUCUGAGAGGUUGACUUGUAGCAAGUAAGUCUACUUCCGUUUAGAUAUGAAAUGGGUAAAAUAUCGUUGCUGGUUGGAACAGACUCGACUUUUGUCGUGUGGGCAUGGUCAAUGGUUUUGUUGGAAAUGUGGCUCAGUCACACAGAUUAUCAUUUAAAGUGUUAGGCUUUAUUUUGUUGUAAAGUAAGUGUUGAAUUAUCUCGGUUACAUUUCAGCCACCCAUUAAAUCACGUCACAGACGGUCAAAAUCAUCGGAUUGCUGGAUAGAACACAAACCCGCCACACACUUAGAAACAGGUACGUCACAUGCACCUGAAGGUAUACUUUGAAAAAUGUUUUCAAUCAACGUGGAAAUUACUUGCGGCUGUACGAGCUUUCCUGCGUUUGCGUGCCGCCGUCGUUCUGAUUGGCUCAUUAGAUGCGGUCCACCUCUAGUCUUCUAAAUUUGACCAGAGUACUUAACUCGAUUUUGGUUUCACGAAUCGUAUAAAGUACCUGAUUUGUAAAUUGAAAACCCAUCAGCAGACGUUGUUUGUUCCUGCGCCUUCACUGAUAAUACGAGUAUAUCUUUGCUGUAGCUCGGUUGUUAAGGAAAGGAUAAUUUAUUUGUGGUAUUUAUUAUUUACUAUCACCAAUGUCUUGACAGAUACCGUUCUCAAGCCAUCACUCAGGAACAAGAAAACUGUUUAUAGACCAGAUGAGAAGGACUUCAGACAGACUCACGUAAGUUUAUGAUGCGCCUGAGUGCAUUGUGUUCCUCCUAGCCUCCGAGCAAGCUCCGGCUCCAUUUGGGGGAGUCUCAAUAAGUCACGUAACGGAACGCGAAAGGAGACGCAAGUGCGAGGGACUCCGUUUCCUCUGCCUCUCGCGAUUUCGUCGCUCGCUCGCUCGCUUCCUCGACGUUCUCUCAUAGCUCCAUUCGCUCGACAUAAAUUGCUCACAGGCUGUGUUCCUCCUAACAGACUUGGCUACAUGUACUGUUUUUCUUUUUUCAACAUGCAGGCCACAAACUAUGUUUUGGCUCAUCAGGAGGAAGAUUCCGCUGGUGAAAUAGAGACCAAGUUAAUCAAAGUGAGUCAAAAAUUGUUUAUCCUGUUGUUGCAUUUAAUUGUUACCAUGUGACUUCAAACGUUGGUUUUGAAUGGGCAUCACUGUAAGUGAACUGCACCGGAUGCAGUAGAACAGUUAUGACGGAGUUGAUUCUAAAGGACUGUAUCCUAGUUACGAAAAAGAAAAUUGUUGUCUUGAGUUCACGUCCUCCAUGAAACGUAAGACCAGGACGUUUCACGUCGUAAUCGUGCAACAACGGCAAUUAAACUUACAAAGAAUUGUGAUGUACGUGCAAUGUUGUUGCAUUGCUUAUCUGAACUUAUUGCUUUUUCGCCGUUCUCGUGGUCGUCGCCAUCGUCGUUGCUUAAGCUGCCUACUGUGAGAUUAGGAAGCUCGCCUUCUAUUUCUGUUAAGGAUAAUUCAAGUUUGAUGCUAUUGGCAGGGCGACGUUUUCCAAACAGUGGGAGGAGGUCACUCUAUCCAGUUUACAGAAGUUGAAACUCUGAAAACAAGAUCUGAUGAACUUACAAGUCCUGGAAGGUUUGUUCUAGUCGUUACAAACUUUGGCUGUUGUAUUUGUAACGCGUUUUGGUAGUGAUUACAUUGAACACUUUUUCUCACAAGAGUGGCCAAUUUCAAAAGUACACAAAAAUUCCCAAUUGAAUUUGCUAAAAUUUUGAAAUAGUAAAAGGAGAUAGUACUAUCAAAGAGGUUGGGAUGGCGGGCACUGCAGCAUUUCAUCCACAGACUCAACUGGUAGAACUUCCUUACAACCGGACUUCCUCCAUCAUUCGUCACUCAGGUAGUGGAAGAGUGAGGAAAUUUCCUGUGCUGUCAUUGACCAAGUCUUCUGCACACAGCAGGAUGAAAAAUUGGUGUUAUACUGUCUUACGCUUAGAUCUUCAUGCCUCACGAAGUUAUUAGAACUUGAGUUACAAGAUGAACACUGUAUCGAUACCAAAAUCUAAAUGCACUCUGAGAGCAUCAAAUAUGAUUCUAUGUGAUUGUCUUCUAAUUCUCGCUGUCUGUUUGAAUACUAUAGGAAAAGGCGAGCGUCUGAUUCAAUCGAUGAUGAUAGCCGCUCCAGUUGGACGGAUGUAGAAACCAGGGUAAGCACGAGUUCCAUAUAAUUCUUCACCACCUGACUAUAAUUGGUGUUGCCGGAUCUGUGACGGUUUCAUUAAGCCUCCUUCAUGCACUUACGUUUGUUUCAAGGAGUUGUUUGUCACUCCAACUCGCUCUCAAGAAGGCGUGGCCGGCUACCCAAAUCUCGACAUUGUUUGUCGUUUUAUCUAUUGUUGAACCCCAAAGUAGCCUUGAAGUGUUUGUUUCUUCCUUGUAACCUUGGGGUCCCUUAGCCCUUGGGCAUUGGCGCAUUCAGAAUUUCUGUACUCAACCCUACUGAUAAGGCGCCCGUUGUGGUUCAAACUGUUUUCUUACUUUUCUGUUAAUAAGCUGUUUGUACUUUUUUUGUAUUUCCAGUGUUCCACAGCGAUCGAAGGCCGACCAGGAAUGGGCCCCAGUUACAGCCACAUAGCAUCUAAG